ACGAGCACAGAGCCAGCAGCAAUGGGGCCGGGAGCUUUGGGAAAUGGGGUCAGGACGGAGACAGCGCUGGGUUCUGGAGUCAGCCUUCACGCCUACGACAUCGGGGUCCUGGUUGUCUACUUUGUCUUUGUCAUCGCUGUGGGGCUCUGGUCGUCCUACCGUGCGAGCCGAGGGACCAUUGGCGGCUAUUUCCUGGCAGGGAGAUCCAUGAGCUGGUGGCCAAUUGGAGCCUCUCUGAUGUCCAGCAACGUGGGCAGCGGCUUGUUCAUCGGCCUGGCUGGGACAGGGGCUGCCGGAGGCCUUGCUGUGGGUGGCUUCGAGUGGAACGCAACCUGGCUGCUUCUGGCCCUCGGCUGGAUCUUCGUCCCUGUGUACAUCGCAGCCGGUGUGGUCACAAUGCCGCAGUACCUGAAGAAGCGAUUUGGGGGCCAGAGGAUCCAGGUGUACAUGUCUGUCUUGUCUCUCAUCCUCUACAUCUUCACUAAGAUUUCAACUGACAUCUUCUCUGGAGCCAUCUUCAUCCAGAUGGCCUUGGGUUGGAACCUUUACCUCUCCACGGUGAUCCUGCUGGUGGUGACGGCCGUCUACACCAUCACAGGAGGCCUCACGGCCGUGAUCUACACAGACGCUCUACAGACGGUGAUCAUGGUGGGGGGAGCCCUGGUCCUCAUGUUUCUGGGCUUUCAGGAGGUGGGCUGGUACCCAGGCCUGGAGCAGCGGUACAUGCAGGCCAUCCCUAAUGCCACAGUCCCCAACACCACCUGUCACCUCCCCCGGCCCGAUGCCUUCCACAUGCUCCGGGACCCUGUGAGCGGGGACAUCCCUUGGCCAGGCCUCAUUUUCGGGCUCACGGUGCUGGCCACCUGGUGCUGGUGCACGGACCAGGUCAUUGUGCAGAGGUCUCUCUCCGCCAAGAGUCUGUCCCAUGCCAAGGGAGGCUCCGUGCUGGGGGGCUACCUGAAGAUCCUGCCCAUGUUCUUCAUCAUCAUGCCCGGCAUGAUCAGCCGGGCCCUGUACCCAGAUGAAGUGGGCUGUGUGGACCCUGAUGUCUGCCAAAGAGUCUGCGGGGUCCCAGUGGGAUGUUCCAACAUCGCCUACCCCAAGCUGGUCAUGGGUCUCAUGCCCGUUGGUCUGCGGGGCCUGAUGGUCGCUGUGAUCAUGGCCGCCCUCAUGAGCUCACUCACCUCUGUCUUCAACAGCAGCAGCACCCUGUUCACCAUCGACGUGUGGCAGCGCUUCCGCAGGAAGGCAACAGAGCAGGAGCUGAUGGUGGUGGGCAGAGUGUUUGUGGUGUUCCUGGUCAUCAUCAGCAUCCUCUGGAUCCCCAUCAUCCAGAGCUCCAACAGCGGGCAGCUCUUCGACUACAUCCAGUCUGUCACCAGUUACCUGGCCCCGCCCAUCACCGCCCUCUUCCUGCUGGCCAUCUUCUGCAAGAGGGUCACAGAGCCUGGGGCCUUCUGGGGCCUGCUGUUUGGCCUGGCAGUGGGGCUUCUGCGCAUGAUCCUGGAGUUCGUGUACCCAGCCCCAGCCUGCGGGGAGGUGGACCGCAGGCCGGCCGUGCUGAAGGACUUGCACUACCUGUACUUUGCGCUCCUCCUCUGCGGGCUCACUGCCGUCGUCAUCGUCACCGUCAGCCUCUGCACAGCCCCCAUCCCUGAGGAAAAGCUCGCUCGCCUGACAUGGUGGACACGGAACUGCCCCCACUCUGGGCUGGAGAAGGAGUCCCAUGAGGGCACACCAGAGGCAUCAGAGGUGCCAUCCGGGGAGUGCCCUGCAGCAGGCGGAGGGGCAGAGGACUCCAGCCAGGACUGCGAGCAGCCUGGAGAUCCCCGCAGGUCCUGGGGAAAGCUGCUCUGGGGCUGGUUCUGUGGGCUCUCCGGGGCCCCGGAGCAAGCCCGGAGCCCAGCGGAGACGGCCGCGCAGGAGCAGAAGCUGACCAGCACCGAGGAGGAGCCGCUCUGGAGAAGCGUCUGCAACGUCAACGCCAUCCUCCUGCUGGCCAUCAAUGUCUUCCUCUGGGGCUACUUUGCAUGAGUCCACAGAUCUGGCUUCAGCUGACACACGUCCAACACACCCCGGGCUCAGCCACAGCAGCAGGCUUUCCUCUCACCUUGCUGUCCAAACUAGAGACUACAGAGGCUGAAGCUGCAAGAGCCCCUGCAGAGCAUCUAAUCCAGGCUCCACCCUGGACAACUGGAGAAGUGGAGGCCCAGAGAGAGCACUGGCUCUACUCAGGGCCACACAGCAGGACUCGCACUGGGUCUCCUGACGCCAGCUCUCUUUCCAUUACAUUGCCUUACAUUCCUACCUCAAAAACACUCCUUCUACCCUCUUGGUAUGUCUACUCAAAAACUUUUACUACUUGUGUGUUUUGAGGUUACAAAAGUGGAGGAUACAAGGAAAGUUGUGGCAAGAAUGUUGCAAAGGUCCACAUGUACCUUGGCUCACCCCAUCCCUGCCUUUCCGCUUCUCCUUCCUCCCUCUCUAGUUCCCAGUCCUUGGCCCCCUAUUCCCAGCAGGGCUCCACCCAGGGGGGGCCUUAUACUUCCACAGGCAGCUCCACAAUCGUGGCUGUCAGACCCAAAGGAGGGAGGGACCCGGGUGGCAUGCAAACAUGGUGACAGGUGGUGUUUGGGACAGGGAGUUCUGGGCUGAGAGACUCUCCUUGGUGCUACUCAAAUUCUGCCUUUUCCACUCUCAUAUGUGAAUGUGUACCGUCUCCGUGGCCUUGAGGAACUUAGAGUCCAGCUGGAGAGACGGCACUUGUUGAAAACAAGAGGACUCGAGUUAGGCUGCUCUGUGCGGAAGGGUAAGCCCUGCAGAGGGGCAGCACGGAGAGCCUCGGAGCCACUGCACUGGGCUGUGCCCUUUGCCCGCCAGGCAUCCUCCCACCCUGGAAAACACCAUGGCCCUGCUUAGGUGUCCUUCCUCCAGGAAGCUGCCUGAUGCCACCACUGGGCCAAGGUCCCACACCCUCUGGACCUGCUUCUGUGGCAGCACUGAUCCCUGUACUGUGAUCUUUGUCUCCCCAACUAGAUUGAGUCCUCCAAGGGGCAAGGACCAAGGACCAUGCCCCUUGUGACUUUGUACCCAUAAAGUAACAGGUGUUCAAUAAAUGUUAAAUUAGUACUUCUCCAAGGUCCCAGUAGACUUUGCACUGUGGCUGGCGGGUAGCGACCUGGGGAACCAGCUGGUGGGGAGGAACCUCCAGCUGGAGUUUAUACCCUGAGUCUCAGACGUCUGGAAUGAAACCACAGCCCUGUCCCAUUGCCAAGGACACAGGUGAAAAUGUCUCUGCUUUCUUCCAUGUCCCCAUCUGUCUAGGCUGCCCCUGCUCUCAUUGGAUCCCCUUUAAUGCUGCCUUCCAUCAUCACUUUAUACUAAUCACUCAGCAAAACCAAAUACAAAUAAAAUUCUAGUUCCUUGAGGUUUCAAUACAGCUCAUCCUAUGAACACCCCGUUGCUGCUGCCUCCAAAUUUCUGUGUCCCCUGCCCUUUUGACCUCAUCUGAGUCACCCCACGUGGCUAAGCUCUCCUCACUGCUCCCCACUGACCCUUCCUGGGAACUCAGCUUUCUCCCCUGAUUGUCCCCAAAACCAUUCACAUAAGGCAUUUGUGUAUAACCAAUUAUACUGCAGGUUUAGGGAGGGGAAGAUUUUUAAACCACAGAAGCACAGUUUAAAAUGAAAUCAUUGAACAUCCCUAUUUUCAAAAGUUCCUUGGCAGCCUGUUCUGAGUUUCCUACCAGUCUCCCGCCUCCUGCUGCCGCCCCUCCCAAGGUGGAUUUUCUCAGGGCUCUGGGUCCUCCAUUCCGGUUCCUGCUCCCUCCUCAGUUUCCACCUCCCUUUAUUAGGCUGGAUCUCCUCUGCCUCCAGACCUACCUGCUCUA